ACUACCAUGCAGCGGUGAAAAAUCACACUGCGCCGGAUGUCGAUGUGGUCAGCACUGCCGUGUCCAUAAUCGUUAGCACGAUUAGCUUCCAGCAUGCCCGAGAAAUGGAACGGCAAUCUGAGCGCGGGAUGCUGCCAUCGACAGACGAUACAAUUCCCAUGGGCCUUCCAGCUAAGCGCGCAAUGUGAGUAUGGUUUUUUAUUUCCCCUUAGACGCCGGCCCGUCCGUUCUAGCUCCGAUGACGAGGAUGCCGCGCGUCCAAGCAAACCCAAAAGGCCUUCUGCAGCAACAUACGCACGUGCGCCCUCCUCUCUGUUCAGUGGCAUUAGUCCAUCACGUCCAGGGCCAUCAACAAGCAACCGUAAGUAUCGAUUUCAUACUGCCCCUAUUAAACAGUAAUCGCGC